AUGCCGGACCUCUUCUACCAGCCACUGCUGGGCAUCAGAAGGCACCGGCAGGCCACGCUGCAGGAACGCCUGGACAACCGACAGCACCUGCUGGAGGAGCGAACCCUUUUGCGUCGCCUCCGGCAACUCCAGCUCAAGCUCAUGCUUCGCCUACUGGAAGCCAAGUGGGUGGAGUACAAGCUGGAAAUGGCCUUGGUGAAGGCCAACCAGCAGAACCAGCAGUUGAUAGCUGCCCUCAUGAGAAGAAUGGAUUUGGAAGAGAAGCGUCGAAAUGAGGCUGAAGAGAAGGCAGCGGAGACCGCACGUUUGGUUGCAGAGGCUGCAGCUAGAGCCAAGACGGAAGACCCGUUUGCAGCUGCACCGAGCACACCUUCUGUGCCUUUUGCAGGAGCUACCUCGUCUUCGAGCUCUGUUCGGAGCCCAUUGGUGCAGAAUAGGGCGGAGAAGUACCUUCCAUCUCUGCCGAUGCUAGAGCAUCAAGGCAUGAACAAGGGCAGGAUGCGAGAAGUCGAGACAUGGCAUGCCUACCUGGAGACACUGUCAUCGUGGCUUGCUCUUCAAGAUGAGUCUUUCGUUCGAGAGUUGCAACUCUGCGUCAAGCAAAAGAAUGAGAUCCUUCAGAAGGAUUUGGCGGAUGAUGUUGCUGCUCGAAGUGCGAAGCUUUACUACUAUCUCACCCAAUCUCUCUCACGUUGGGAAAGAGGCAGAGUCCGAGUCUUCGAGGACCUCCACCGUGAUGGCGAUGAGGUAGGCACCCUGACUGGAAGCACCUCGAAGGGAGAUGCGGCAUACGUCUGCGCUUCGCUGCAGGUACUGAGCAUGUCGGAACCGCCAAUGGAGGUGGAGCAAGAUUCCCACAACUCUCCAGCGGAGAGUGCCGGGCAGGAGGUUGCGUUUUUGAAUGCACCAGUAGAGCCUGCACCAGCAGAGGCGGCGCCAGUCGAGACUGCGGAUGCAGAGGCUUCAGCUGCCCCCUUCAAUGUUUUCUCGAGGCCUCCGAGUCAAGUUGCAGUACCUUCGCCUACGGUGGCUGCAUCAGAGACAGGAGAGACAGAAGAGGAGGAAGCAUGGGGAAAAUGGAGGGCAAGCAAGGCCAGGCCUUCGCAGCCAUCAGACGAGCCGUCGCUGAUAGUGAAGUGGAGAAGCAUGCUGAGGGGACCGCGCUUCAGGUAUUUCAUGCAAGCGAUACGACAACAGCGAGAAGAUCUUAUUGCAUGUGGAUACCCUGUGCCGGCAAUUCCAGAGAACAACCUGGAACCUGCAGUUCCACUUAUGUCUAUUGGAGAUGGGAUCGUUUAUCCUUCCCGUCAGGGGACCAUCUUUGCGUCAUUGACAGAUGCUUUGAUGACCGACGGCUACCUCCUCGAGGUUGGGCAGAAGCUCCUUGGGCGGAUCCAACGUCCAGACCCAGAUGUGGGGCCGUGCCUGGGAACGGGUUGGUCCAAGAGGCUUCGCGAUCACGAUCCCGAUCCUCUGGAUGGAACGCCCUACAUCAGCGCGGAGGUUGCGUGGGCGCUGUGGCUGCCCGAGUUUCCGGAAGCCCCGGAUCAUGGAGGCAUCCUUCCGGUGAAGAGAAAGAGGGAUUUUUCCCAGCUCACCGACGAGUUGUUGGACGAGCAUACUACAAGGUUCGAACUCGCGGGUCAAGGCCGCACUCUUCAUCAACGCGGCGUGCGUGCAAGGGACGCGCGUGCUGCUAUCGAAGGAUAUACUCCCGAUCCAAGUCACCUACGCCACCAGAGUGGCGGGGACGUGGCUGCGCUGGGUUACAUCAAGCGUAUCCUCAAGGUCCUGACCGUUUACGAGGCCAUGCCGGAAGCGGAACGCAACCUUUUGGCUGGAAUGUACCCAGACGACGUCGAGCUCCAGCUCGAGUGGGUGCCAGGCUCAGCCAUCAGGCAUGGGUGGCGUGCGUUAAUGGGGGCAAUGGAUCAGCGCACCCGGCGCUUUAUCGAGUUCGAAGCAGAGGUCCGAAAAUGGGAGGACUUGCAGUCAGCUCGACCCAAGGUCAAGGCCAGAAGAACGGGUGCAGCUGCUUCCACAGAUACUGGAGGUGGAAUUGGAGCGAUGAACGAGGGCUCGGAGACUGGAGCCAUGAACGAAGGCUCGGAGACAGAGUCUGCCGAGUCAUCCUCGGCAAGUUCGUCGGACGAAUCGAUUCCAAUGGGGGAAUACAUGAUGCAGAGCCGGACCAGAGUUUUGGCGCUCAUCGAAGCGGAGAAAGCCUUGAAAGAUGUGGGCUCCUCUGCGCCGCCCCCACCGUCUCCUAUCAUUAUGGAGCCAUCGCCGGUUGCGACGGACGGGUACAAGUUCGAUCCAGCAUCUCUGGGAGCCCCUCUGGGGGACACUGCAGCUCCAUCAACACCGGUACCUCCUUCGCCUUCCGCAGUUUCAUUGGCCCCUUUGGAGUCAUUCAAGUUCUUGGAUGUCCCACCUGUUGCUUCUUCUGGUCACUCGGACCACAGUGUGGAGCCUAUGGUGGUGGAAGAGGAGCGGGCCCCAGAAACUCCAGGACCCACGGCACCGGUUGGAGCUCCAAUUUCCGCAACGGAGAGUGUGCCGGAGACCCCUCCUCCAGGGGAAAUUCCAGGUCCCGGUUAUGUCCCGAAGGCAGCUCCUGGGGAAAUUCCAGGUGCUCUGUCGAAAGCCCAGGGGGCACCAGCGGGGGCUACACCGAAGGCCUGGUCUGUGGUUACAACUUCCUCGCCUUUGACGGUUCCAGAAGCGCCAGUGGCUGUAGAGUCUUUGCCUGCAGUUCCAGAGCCAGCAACCGUGACAGCGGAGGAAGGGCCUACCUCCGAGACCGCUACAUCAUCCGCAGCGGGUGCCCUUCCGCCUCCGGGCGGCUUGGGUCAAACAGCCGAAGAGAGGGAGUUUGUGCUUCCUUCCCCUUGCCAGAAGAAGCGAAGGAGUGCUUUGUUUUGCAUGCCAGGAGAAGCAUUGGAUGUUUUCGCUUGCUUGGCGAUCUAUGUGAUAGCAAGUUUCGAGGAGUUGGUGACUACCCUCAGCUUGUAUCCCGAAAGUACCGUUUACACCAUCGUCGUAAAGGAGUCCGAGUGCGAAUCAAGACUCGUUUCUGUUAUGUUCGAGUUGAUGUAG